UCGAGUUAUCUCGCUCUGAUAUUGGCAGCAAUCAGUGUGUUAUUUUACUAUAUAACCAAACGUCAUUCUGACGGAAAAGUAGUUAUAAUUUGAUUAUUUAUAGUUAAAUUAUCCACCAAUGGUCAAAAGGGGUCUUCCAUUCUUUGGAGUCGCCUUUGAGUUUGGAAAAGACCCCGUCAAGUUCCUCCUGUCUUGCUACGAGGAGGUAUGUGGUCAGAAUAUUCCAAGUAUGGGCCUGUCGUGACCUUCACAAUGAUGGGCAAGCAGUUCACCUACUUGCUGGGCAGUGAAGCAGCAGAACUGUUCUUCAACAGCAAAAAUGAUGUCCUCAACGCGGAGGAAGCCUAUUCCAAGUUGACGACACCCGUUUUCGGUCCCCGAGUAGUCUACGACAUCCCCAACCACGUAUUCUGAUCUCCUAAAUAAUAGAUAUUCCUCCAACAAAAAAAAAUUGGAAAAAGUGGACUCAAUUCUGACCGAUUCCGCACAUUUGUCCCCAAAAUCGAGGAUGAGACUGCCCAAUUCUUCGCCAAAUGGACAAAGACAGGCGUGGCUGACUUGUUCAAGGAAUUGUCCUCUCUGAUCAUAUUCACUGCCUCCCGUUGUCUGCUGGGGGAUGAAUUGAGGGAAGUCAUGGACGAGUCGGUCGCUGGACUUCUCUCUGAUUUGGAUCAGGGGUUUAGGCCGGAGGUGUGGUUACUCCCCCAGUGGUUCCCUCUCCCUGUCAAAAAGUAUGGAAUAUUGACGAUUGUAGAGUCCGGGACCGUGCCCACCAGAAGAUAAAAUCUUUAUUUUCUCAACAAGUUAGAAAAAGACGGGAAAGUGGUAUAAGGCGAGAAGAUUUGAUGCAAACUUUUAUUGAUACUCCUUACACGGAUGGGCGGAAGAUGGACGAUGGCGAAGUGGUGGGAUUGCUGAUUGGAAUGUUGUUGGGAGGGCAGCACACGUCCUCCACGACUUCUUCAUGGCUGGGUCUGUACAUCGCGAGGGAUGAGGCACUGCAGGAGGCAUUGUAUGAGGAACAGAUGAGUGUGCGGGGAGGGGACCCAAUCACGUACGACCAUUUGGAGGAAAUGGAUUUAUUGGACAGAUGUUUGAGGGAAACACUGCGACUGAGGGCUCCCCUUAUUACUACUAUGCGGGUGUGCAAGGUUCCUGUUCAGGUGUUGGGAUAUGACAUCCCCGUGGACACUCACGUGUGUAUUAGUGCCAGUGUCAACCACCGCCUUAAGAAUGUGUGGCACAAUGUAGACAACUUUGACCCAGAUCGGUUGUUUGUUGGUUUUUAUGAUAGUUUCCUUGAGUACGAUGUGAGUAAGAUUGGACGCUAUUCGUAUAUUCCAUUUGGACAGGGCAGACACCGCUGCAUUGGCGAGUCCUUUGCCUACGUCCAGAUCAAGACCAUUUGGGCACAUCUCAUUCAGAAAUUUCGUUUCAGCCUUCCGGGGGGUCGUUUUCCUGAUGUUGACUUGACUACGAUGAUUCAAGCCCCCAAACAUCCAAUCAUCAACUACACCCUGAGAAACUAGUUCCUUGU